AUGCUAUCGAUUCCAAUAUUGAAAUAAUAUAAAGUCGAUUUGAAGAUCUUAAAUCAUUAGGUGGUUCUUCAAUAUUACAUAGAUCUUCUCAUUAAGAAAUUGCUGUCCUUGGAAAAAGGAGGAUUUAUAAUCAGUGAAGGCUCAAAUCUGAAUAUUAAGGAUUCAAUUCUAGAAUACGGUUAAGCUUAAAAUUACGGUGGUGCUAUAUUCCUCAAAUGCUCUCAUUUAAGCUCUUCAAGAUGUAAUUAUGAUAUCUAAGCCAAUAAAUUAAUUGGAAAUCAGGCUGGAAAUUCAGGAGGUGGAAUAUUCUAUGAUUUAUAUAGACCUUUAAAUCUAGAAAAUAAUCUCUACUUCAAUAAUAACGCAUAAUAUGGGAAUGAUUUUGCUUCAUAUGGCUAUAAACUAAAAAUAUUGAAAUAUGAUGAAGCCUAUCUAAGGUAGUUAAUAAGUGGAGGACUAAUCGACAGUAAUUCAUUUCAGUUGGGAAUAUUUGACCAAGAUUAAUAACUGAUAAAUACAGACAAUACUAGUUAGCUAAUUGUAUCCUCAUUUAACGAUGGCAUAUCAAUCAGUGGGAACACUUUAUUUGUAGCUGUGAAUGGCAUCUUUGAUAUUAAGGAUAUACGUUUUAGAAUGCAUACCUGGAGAGGUACUUUUAGAUGGUAAAUGUUUUCAUUGUAUAAAAGGUACAUAUUCUCUCUCUAUCCAAGAUUAAACAUGCAAGCCAUGCCCACCUCAUAUGAAAUGCGAUGGAGGCAAUUUAACAAUGGUUGA